AUGAAGAACGCCUACUGCGAGGACGGAGGAGUACAACUUGAAAGCUCCCAAAUCGUGGAAACUUCGUCAUACGUAUACCUCGAACGUUCUAUGAAUAUGGAAAACGACUUAAAGGAAGAACUGAAUAGAAGAAUGAGAGCAGCAUGUGCAGCAUUCACAGCCGUUAAGGAAGCUACGGACCAACUGACGGACCAAGAUCUUUGUGCCCAUCUGUUCGACUCCACAGUUCUUCCAGCGCUCUGUUACGCAGCGGAGACUUGA